GGUGCUUUUGAUAUCUGCGCAACAUGGCCUUUGCGGCAGUUUCAAACUUACAUUAUUAAUUUGCCCAACAAUUCGAUAUCGACCAUUUCCUUAGUGUUCACUUUUAUUUUUCAAUAAAGAUUUCAAAAGGAUAUACUAUGCUCUCCAUUAAAAUGGCAGUCGCACGCGGAUUAUUCAUUUACUUCCGAAUCUAAGAGAUUAUUCGCACUAGUGUUAAAUGUCUGUUUCCAUAAAUUCUUCACUGUUUACGGAAAAUCAUUGAUGAACUUCUUCACUCAAUUUCUUGAACUGUGGAACUCACGGUUUCCUGGCGAUAACAAGGCUCCCCAGCUGGAUUGUUUGAAAGCUGACCAGUUCAGUUCUGUUGCUGAUCAAAAGCGUGCUCUGGAGGAACAUUCGUGUAAAUUGUCAAUGACAAUUGAAGAACUGAGACAAAAGAUCGACUACGAUUCUUUUACAAAGGAAUACUUACAGAAGUGUAUACAAAAGCUGGGUGCUAUAUCACAAGUUUUCAGCGAGUUUGAACAUGUUGGUCCUAAAGUUUCUGGAAGUUCUAGUAGUCAACUUUCGCACAUUAGUAAUUUCCCUGGUGAUAUUUCGAGCAAUAUAUUUUCUCAAAAUACAACACCAUGCUUUACGAACAAUCCUUCUAAUUUUUCUCUGCUUCCGCAAUGCAUUGCAUCAAGUCUUAUCAAUUCCGCAUCUCCGCUUCUUGCAGCUGUAGCAACGUCUACUGCCCCUUUUUUAUUUCCCUCGACAUUGACACACUUUUCCUGCCCAGAUGUGAUCAAGUCUGAUCCGGAUCAAGUUUCACAAUCCAAUAGAUCACGUGGUUCAGGGGACCACUGUCUGGUUCAAAAUCAUGAACACCAGUCAUUUGAGCUCACCCCAUCUCCUAUUCACAACAACUUGUUUUGUUCCGGGACAAAUUAUCCUCCUCCAACGGCAUCUCGACCUCUACCCCAUGAAACAGGAAGCUGUGUUAAGUCUGAUUACUCGGGCAGAUUAAACGAUGGUUUAUCAGGAUCAACUACGGAUGCUCAAGCGGCAGCUGCUGCUGUAGCGGCUGCUUUUGGACUCAAUUUUACUAGUGGUGGUCCACUUACUGGUAGCAACAGUGUGAUGGGCUUUAAUAAGCAAAGAAAUCAGUCUGGCUCUAGUCUUCUCCAAAUCUCGCCAAUGAGUUCUAUCAACGGUGUAGAUGGAAAGGAAGAAGAUAGUUCAGUCGAGCGUCCUUUCCAGUGUAUGACAUGUUCGAGAAGUUUUUCUGUGAAGGCGGGUUUAGUACAACAUAUGCGCACACACACAGACGAGCGGCCGUACCCAUGCCUUCACUGUGGACGAGCUUUUAAGCAAAAAAUUCAGCUCACCACACAUAUGCGUGUACAUAGUGGUGAGCGUCCUUAUGGUUGCCGUUUAUGUGGUAAAUUGUUCAGGCAGCAAAGUCAUGUGGUCCAACACCUACGAACUCAUACAGGAGAAAAGCCACAUAAAUGCUAUCAAUGUGGUAAAGCUUUUCGUCAAAAAUAUAGUCUUAUUUCCCACCAGCGUCGCAUGUGUCGCAAUCGUUCUGCUUCUAACCCUAUUGCAGCAGGAAUGACCAUGUGGAUAAGUCCAGGAGUGGAUGGUGAUACUGGUAAUCUCAUUAAGGAAUUCUCUCCCAAUAAAGGCAAUUCGUCGAUCGCAAGUCCGAAUGCUUCAUUGUCCACUCCAAUCUCAGUUAUGACAUCUCUCCAAUCACCUCCAUCUCCAUUUCCUUCCUCACCGGUGUCUAAUACUCACGCACUUCCACAAAAUCAGUUUCAGACUCCAGUUAACAUAAACGGUGAUUCACACCGGGAAAAUUCAGUUACAACAAGAUCCCGUUGCAAUUCUCUGUCAAAAAGCAAGUAUGAAUUACAGGAUUGGUCUCGUUCUCUUUCAAGGCAUCAAUCACGUCUCACAUCAGAAGGUGAUCCUAUUCAUAGUCCUAGAUCUUCAAGGUCCAGCGCGCUGCAAGGCCAUGCUACGAUGGGACUUACUUAAUAGAAGUCAUGAAGAUUCUCGUAAUUCAUAAUGAUUUAGAAUACAUAUAAUUUCAUUUUUUCGUCGAAUUAUCAACAUUUUAUAUUAAUAACGAUGUUCUGUUUUACGUAAUUUUACUAAACAUACAGCUGUUAUAAGUCAACUCCCAAUAUUAGGCACACAUUGGAUGCAAUGAAGUUUGCCUUUUUAAAAGAUUGUUGAGGCACCCACUCGAACACUUUCACCUAUAAAAAACAAUUUCGAUUAUUUUGUCACUGUCUCAUUUUUUUGCUUCCUACUGUUAUGAUAAUGAUUCUUACCAUUUCUGUUAUAUCUAAUCAGAACUGCGAGAAUUAUUUUAAAUAUCUUCUGUUCACUCUUCAAACUUUCCACUCAUAAGUGGAUUCCAACCACUCGCGCACGAAAAACCUGCUUCUAUUUUGUAAAGUGCUUUCAAAAUCUUUUUUGCUUCACUGUUUUCCCCAUCAUCAAUUGAUUGAAAAUGUUUCAGCCAAGAUACACAAGUUUCAUCGAAUUAUAUGUUAUAAUGGAUGAAACUGAACAAAUCAGUUUAAGUUUCGAUAUUUUUGAUUAAAACAGGUAGAUCGUAUUUAUCAUUCAUUCCGCGUUUGUUUGUUUUCGGUGUUAUCUUUUCUAACCACCCUAUGUUUGUAUUACGGAAUAAAUUAGUCAUUUAUAUCAUGUGAAUUGAUUUGAACAUAGGAACUUAGGCUUUAUGAAUACCUUUGUUGUGUAUUUGGCCCUAAUUUUACGCAAAUAUUUUUUAUAACUGAUAUCUGUUCGUUGUUUGCGUCACAUUUAAAAUUCGAUCUUGCGAUAAUGUUUUGAUAAUUUUUAAUAAGUUUUUUUGAUAAAGUCAAUAAGAUAUUUCCUUUAACAAAAUGCUACAUAAGUAAUUAUUGAGCUCACAUUCAAAGUAUUAUUUUUGUAUACGAUACCA